GUUGUGUACAUUUGACAUCAAACUUUCAUAGGCAUUUGCAGUUUAACGUCAAAUAUCUAAUUUUAACAAUGAGUAAUUAUUCAGAAUUUUUUAAGAAUGUUUUUAGCGACAUAAGCCGUCGUUCUGCCUAUUCGCAAAUGUUGAUUGGAGUAACUUCAGGAUGGGCCACUGGAUUCACAACAAUGAAAAUAGGAAAAUUUGCCGCCUUCGCCGUUGGCGGCAGUAUUAUUUUGUUGGAGAUCGCACACCAGGAGGGACUCAUCAAAAUAAAUUGGACUAAGCUCGAUAAAAGCGUUGACAGGCUGGCCGACAAAGUUGAAUCGUCGCUUGGUCGCGAGAAAAAUUGGAAAGAAAAGACCGAACGAUUUGUGGACAACAAAUUAGAUAAGGCCGAGAGCUUGCUAACAAGGAAUGGCAAAAAGGCAGCAAAAUGGUAUUCCAAGCUCAUUGGCGAUGAGGAAGGGCCCAAGAUCAACGAUCUCCACAUCUUUUUGGCAUCCUUUUUCGGUGGCGUUGCUUUGGGCAUCGCCACAGGUUAAUCCAAGUGUCAAAUGCAACAAAGAACUCAUUUAAAUACAUAAAAUGAAUACCAUAAGGUUAUUAAACGCAAAUCUCACUUAAUAAAGAACAAAAAACGAAACGAAA